UUUUUAUUUAAAAAAUUUACCUAUAUGAAACACAAUUAACAACUUCCUAAUGCUCACAUGAGGAAACAUUGGACCCGAUUUGUGAAGACAUUUUAUAAUCAACCAGCAGCUAAGAGAAGAAGACAAUUGAGAAGAAGAACAUAAGCUUUAUCUGCAUCUCCCAGACCAGUUGAGCUUCUUCGUCCAGUUGUGAGAGGUCAAACAAUUAAGUAUAACAACGUCUAAAAACUUGGAAGAGGAUUCUCAUUGAUUGAAUUAAAGGAAGCAGGACUCAAUGCAGCAUUUGCCCGAACAAUUGGAAUUUCUGUUGAUCACAGAAGAAGAAAUUUGAACUAAGAAGAAUUGACUAGUAAUGUUAAGAGAAUAAAGGCAUACCUCUCAAAAUUGGUCCUUUAUCCAAGAGUUGCAGGCAAACCAAAGAAUGGAGUUGUUAAGGAUUCUGCAAAUGAAGUUGUUGCUCACCCAGUAGCUUAAAAUACCAAUCCAGAGGUCAUCACAUUCUAAAGAACACCAAAGAGAGAAAAGGCCACUGUUAUUUCAAAAGAAUUAAGAGCAAAGAGUGUUUACAGAAAAUUAAGAUAGGAAUGGUACAACGCUAAAUUUGUUGGUGUAAAGGAGAAGAGAAAGCAAGCCAAGGAAACAAAAAAAUGACGCAUAUAGUAUAAUACAAUAUAUACAAUUAAUUUAUUAACUUAUAAAAAA